AUGAAGCCGCUGGAUCUCGGUGAAGUAGUCUUGCGACAAAUGGGUGUCGGCUGCGAACUCGAAUCAGCCGAUUUAUCGCUCAAGGGUUGGGAAUCGCGACAUACCGUCCAUCACCGUGAUGAUAACAUUACAAUGGGUUUCACGCAAGGCCGAGCGAUGAAAAUCGAUAAUAUGACGUGCCGCGAAAGCAACAUUGGAGCUCUUGCCGGCUAUCUCACCUGGGAUCCCAGCUGGAUGAAAUGUUGA